CGGCCAUGUGGCCUGAAACGGAUGCAACUGGCUCGACAUUCACAGACGUUGUUAUGUCGUCCUUUCGUGCACUAUUAGCAGCUUUACUCCUUGCUGUCGCCCAACUGUAUGGUCGCGUAAGCGGUGACGUAGUUGCGCGGGCCAUUGAGAUUGGUUUGGAACGCGAAGAGGUUUUGAGGCAGAGAAGCGAUUUCGAACGCACUCUGGUCGAGUACACUGAGGAUGUUACGUACUACGAACAACGAGCUUCGAGCACCACCAAAGAUGUUUCUAUAUGUGCACGGAUCGCAAAGAAUGAGUUAUACUUGCAUGACAGCACUGGAACGCGGCUUAUCAAUUGCACCCUGGUCUACAACAGCUCUCAUCCCCUACUGCUGCAUUACGACGUCGAUUCUUCGAGCGCCGUGGAAUUAGUUGAUCCCUCCUGGCACUGGUUACCGAGCACAGAAAGUUUACUCGUUAUCACCCCUGUCCGUGUAAGGACAAAACAAAUGGGAUUGUCUUACCUGCGUCUCUGGAUUCACCGAGGUGUUGCGCUCGGCUUAAAUGAAACCAUCUACGGGUCUUUGAACGCAACUUAUGGUGCCUUAGAUGUUCGAUAUGUCAACUCGACGUACGCUCCUGACGAAGCUAUAGUUCGGACCCUUGGUUUUCCUUUGGUCGUACUUCGUGAUCAGGGAGUAACACAGCUGUUGUUUCGUAUCACUAUCAUUUUAAUGGUUACCUUGUUCACGUUCACUAUGGGCUGUGAGCUGGAUGCCGCAUUGCUAAAGUCCUACUUUCGUCGUCCUAUCGGUCCCGCUAUCGGAUUCGCUUGCCAAUUCAUAAUUAUGCCAUCUGUGGCACUGGCAAUCGCUAAACUGGUCCCUAUCAAACGUGAGUUUGGCUUUGGCCUCCUGGUCGUCGGAUGUUCUCCUGGUGGCGGGGCAAGCAACGCCUGGUCGUUAAUGCUCGGCGGGGACAUCAAUCUGAGCAUUCUGAUGACGUUUCUCAGUUCAUUAUGUUCGUUGUUUAUGAUGCCGUUUCUUCUGUUUCUAUUUGGCCGAUUCUUCAUCGACACACAUCGGGUGUGGAUCCCAUAUGGCAACAUUUGUGCACAGUUACUGCAAGUCUCUUUGCCUGCUCUUCUCGGCCUCGGAACACGCUACUGGAAGCCCAAGCUGGCCAAGACAUUCACCAAGUUGACAAGACCAUUCUUCAUUGCAUUUAUUAUUUUCAUUCUCACCUUCGGAUUGUAUGCACAUUGGGCCAUUUUGAGGCUACUUGGUUCCUAUCCAAUUGUAAUGCCCACUGGAGCUAUGCUGCCUUGGAUAGGAUUCAGCCUGUCCGCAUUGAUUUGUUAUUUGCUACGUCAGCCGCGUUCUCUUGUGAUCACGGUUGCAUUGGAGACCGGUAUUCAAAAUGUGAGUGUGGCUAUACUCGUUCUGCUCUAUUCAAUGCCUCAACCGGCUGGAGAUUUGGGCGCUGUGAUGCCAAUCACCGUCUCCAUAUUCACUCCAAUCCCGUUGUGCUUCAUCUGGAUGGCAAUAGUGAUCAAACGCCGAUGGUCUCGGUCCAAGCCGUCACCACAAACGGUUGUGAACGGAGGUUACUCUCCCAAACUGGAGCAGCCAUUGAUAAACGAAGCCGGUGGACCACCCAAGCUGUUAGUCGAAGAUCUGCUGCAUUCCGAACGGACGUGACCUGUUUUUGUACCCGUUAUUAUAUUCCCGCCGUUUUUCUCGUUCUAGACGCAUCCUUUGCAAGCUCAACCGCCCUUUCAGCCGACUGUAUGUACAUCAUCCCAAACCUAAUCCCCAACUCCCAUCUUAAUAUGCAAUACUUCUGAUUUACUAAGAUUAUGCCUUAGUGUCAAUUUUUCUGCGUAUCGCGAAUUUAUGCCUCGUUUCGUUCUUGGUGGAGUAUAUUUUCAUUUCGUCCUCAGUUUCCUUAUUCUUAUAUCGGC